CGCACCCACGAAGCCGGACUCAGUCACCCAAAGCGACAUGGCAGGGAAGGUCGCAUCUGGCGCGGCGGGCGAGAAAACGGUGGCCAAAAUCUUCGAAACUAUGGAAUAUGGACCCGCUCCCGAGGACGACAAAGUAGCCCAGGCAUGGCUGGAUGACCAUGGCCGCAAGUUUGGCCACUUCAUCAAUAACCAGUGGGUGUGUCCAGAAGGCCGUAAGACAUAUGAGACUAAAGAUCCAUGCAAUGACAAGGUGCUGGCCUCGACCAUCCAAGGGACCCAGGAAGAUGUUGACCAGGCUGUAGGUGCAGCCAAGGAAGCAUUUCAGUCGUGGAGUUCCUUAUCUGGCCAUGCAAGGGCUCGUUACCUGUACAGCAUUGCCCGCCAUAUCCAGAAGCACUCCCGCCUCUUAGCUGUUGUAGAGUCUCUGGACAAUGGCAAGACCAUCCGAGAGACCCGCGAUUGCGACAUUCCCCUUGUGGUGCGCCAUCUCUACUACCACGCAGGAUGGGCACAGUUAAUGGACUCCGAGAUGAAGGGGUGGAAGCCCGUUGGUGUGGUUGGUGCGAUCGUUCCAUGGAACUUCCCGGUGAUGUUGUUGGCAUGGAAAGUGUGUCCUGCCUUAGCUAUGGGGAACACUGUGGUCCUGAAACCGGCCACAAACACCCGCCUCUCUGCUUUGCUCUUUGCCGAAAUUUGCGCUGAGGCUGGCCUCCCCAAAGGAGUCUUCAACGUGGUGACCGGAGGAGGAGCCAUGGGAUCCCUCCUUGCCACACAUCCUGAUGUCGACAAAGUAGGGUUCACUGGAUCUACGGAGGUCGGUCAGAUUCUUAGAAGGGCUACUGCAGGCACGGGCAAGAAGCUGUCCCUUGAACUUGGUGGCAAGAGCCCUGUUAUUGUGUUUGAAUCAGCUGACCUCGAUUCUGCUGUUGAGGGUGUUGUUGAUGCAAUCUGGUUCAAUCAGGGUCAAGUCUGUUCUGCAGGCUCACGUCUCCUUGUUCAAGAGCCUGUCUAUGACAAGUUUAUUGAUAAGUUGAAGCGAAGGAUGGAGAAGAUGCGCUUGGGAUCUUCUCUCGAUAAGGGCUACGACAUGGGGGCCAUUAUUGAUCCUUGCCAGAAGAAAUUUAUUGCAGAAUAUGUUGAAGAUGCUAGAAAAGAAGGAGCGGAGGUGUUCCAAGUAGAGGCCCCCCCUGGCUGCUUUUACCCACCAACCCUGAUCACCGAAGUUGGCACCACGUCGAAAACUGUUGUGGAAGAGAUCUUUGGUCCUGUGCUAGUUGCUAUGCCCUUUAGAACUGCUAAGGAAGCCAUUGCACUUGCCAACAACACCAUCUAUGGCUUAGGUUCAUCUGUAUUUACAGAACAAAUGACCUUGGCCAUUGAGACAGCCAAGAUGAUAAAGGCUGGGGCUGUGUGGAUCAAUUGCCACAACAUGUUUGAUGCUGCAGCAGGAUUUGGGGGAUAUAAGCAGAGUGGCUAUGGCAGAGAUGGAGGGAAGGAGGGACUCUUCGAAUAUGUCAAACCAUCAUGGCAAGGGCGUUUGAGCUUUGUCCCACCUGAGAUUGACCUUAAGAAGUUUGGUGCUUCAUACACAGCAGAUCGUCCAUCUCUCAACCCAGCCAUACCGGAGAUUGUUAGUGGAGAUAAAACUUUACCCCUUAUUGAUAAAACGUACAAACUCUACUAUGGUGGUGCUCAAAAACGGCCUGAUGGAAACUACUGUCGUGUCAUCAAAAAUGCUGAAGGAAAAGCCUAUGCCCUUGUUGGUGAAAGUAACAGGAAAGAUGUCCGUAAUGCAGUGGAAGCUGCAGCCAAGGCCCAGCCAGGAUGGGAUAAGCGCAGUGGAUUCAACCGUUCGCAGAUCCUCUUCUACUUGGCAGAAAACCUGGAGCAGCGCCGCCAAGAGUUUGUAGACCACCUCACAGUUCUGACUGGGAAGAGCACCACGGAGUCGGAGAAGGAAGUGGAUGCAACCUUGGCCCGUCUCUUCCACUGGGCAGCCUUCUGUGACAAGUAUGGGGGAGCUGUGCAGGAGACGCAGCUCUACGGGACGGUGCUGAGGAUCCAUGAGCCUCUUGGAGUGAUUGGGGUGGCAUGUCCGGAUGAAGCUCCUCUCUUAGGGUUCAUCUCCCUCAUAGCUCCUGCUAUUGCCAGGGGGAAUGCUGUGGUUGUCGUUCCCAGUGAGAAGUAUCCCACUAUUGCUCUGGCUUUGUAUCAGGUGCUGGAAACCUCUGAUCUUCCUGGAGGAGUAAUCAACAUUUUGACUGGGGCCCGUGACCACGUAGCCAAGUAUUUGGCAGAGCAUCAGGAUCUCCAGUCCAUGUGGUAUUUUGGAAGCCUAGAAGGGUCCAAGUUUGUAGAGCACACAUCAGCUGUGAACGUCAAGAGGACUUGGGUUAACUACGGCACGAAGCGGGACUGGUUCGACGCGGAGCAAGGCCAAGGAGAAGAGUUCCUGUAUCAUGCCGUUCAGGCCAAGAACAUCUGGCUUACUAUGGGGGAUAUCUUUGCAAAUUAGAGGAGGGAGCAGGCAGGAGGGAGGAUCCAUUGCGUCGUAAGGUUUAGCAUGACACCCAGUGCUUCUGUGGGGGGGGGGGGGAUAAAAAGUGUAAUCUUGAAAUAGUGCCUUAUGGAGAUUCUUUUUCCAAUAAUGCCUCUUUUGUCAACAACUACUUUUUUCUCUUAUGGUUUUGUUAUCCUGUAAUUUGUUCCUAUAUUCAGAUAAGAUUUCCAGUGGAUUAAGUGUUUAAAUAACAUUAGACAUUUUGGUUUAUUUACAUUUUACAAAGGUUUAACCCAUUAUUCCACUCAAUAGACUAGAUAUACUCUUAUAUUGCAUUUUACAUCUUAAAUUUCUUUAUUAUUUUUAUAUAUUUCUGACUACGAAUUUAAUCCGUAAAAGUCAGGAAAUAUCAGAAAGACCAUUUUUGUCAAUAGUUUCUCAAACUAUUCAGAGAUUGUGCCAUAUUUUGAUAAGAAGACAAAUAAAGGAAAACUAUGUAUUAGAAAAAGAAAUCUUCAGAACAUACAUUAUUUUAGACAUAUUAUAUGUUGGUUAUGUCAUAGUAUAUUAGCAGUAGUAAAUGUAAAAGUAUUAAUUAUGUAAAAAGGAACAUUCCAUUGUUUUGGUUAUUUUCAAAAUGCCAGUCACAAGUAGAUUUACUAAAUAGAAUUUUGUGUUAUAUAAUUUUUAUAUUUUCUACAUCAAUACAAUAUAAUGUGGAUACAAGGCAAACCAAAAUAUUUUUUAACACAUUGCUGUGAAGACAUGGUAAUGAAAGGUUAAAGAUGGUAAUAAAUCAAAUUUUUCAUGCUUUAAACUUUUUGGUGAGCCAAGUUUCAGUCUUUUCCAUUUGUAAUUUGUUCCUUUUUGUUUGGAAUAGAAAUUGGUAUCAUCAUUUACAGUAAGCAAGAACUGGAGAAUGGGAGCAUUUCUCAUUAGAAAUAAUUAUUUUGAUAUGGAGAUACUGUCAUCUUUUCAAAACAAUUUAUUUCAUAUGUAAAGUGGUCAAAUAGUUUGAAUUAAAGUUAUUAAAGGUUAA